UUGUGUAUGAUCUGUUUCAAACAAGACCGUACAUGUGACUUUCUUUUCUUAAACAAUCAAAUCAAUGUGCCUUUGUUACAGAGCACUGCAGAAGAUGGUUGAUAACAAUGGGAGUAAUUGGGAUAAAUUACUUGAACCCAUUUUGUUUUCUUUGUGAACUAAAAUACAUGCAACAACAAAAAUUUCACCUUUCCGACUAAUGUUUUGUGAUGACGCAGUGUUUCCAGAAGAUGUCUUAGAUAAUUACACGGUAAGUGUAUGUUAUUCCCAGCACCUUUCAUGUACAUAUGGCAUUCUGUGUGCCUUCAUUUUACAAAUACAACCACUUCUCCAUUUGUUUACAAAGAUCCCAGAUCUGAAUAUGUUUGGGGAAGAUUUCUGCAAAGAGUACAGCAUGAAUAUGAAAUCGAGACAUGACGCUGACAUUGCGCUGGCCCUAAGUAACAUUGCUAAAGCACAAGAAAAACAACAAAGACAUUAUGCUAAAAGAAAGACUUCUAAAUAUGGGGAAAUAACAUUUGAAGUUGGGGACUCUGUUCUGUUACUGAAUGCUAGACAGAGAAUAAGAAAAGGAGGAGUAUUGGAAUCAAAAUAUCGGGGACCAUACAAAAUUAUGAGUGUUGAAGGUAAGAGAGUGAAAUUACAAACCAUCUCAGGGAAACAGUUAGGAACCAUGUACAGUAUUGCAUACUUAAAACCAGUAAAAGAGCCAACAACAUUAGCUGCUGAAAGCACAUCAGAGGGAAAAACUGGAACUGAAAUUGGAGUUGGUGACACUGAACCAGAAACACCCACGGAAGAGAUUAGAGAAGUGGAUGGCACUGUAUCUCAUGACAGCAAAGUGGAAAACAUAGAGGUCACAGCAAUAGAAAAAGAGGAAUAUAUAGGGCAAGAUGUGUCAAACAAUGAUACAAGUGAUGCUGAUGACAGUUUUGAUGACAUGCUUACAGAGGAAGUGGAAGACAAGCAAUGGCUUCUGAAAGUAAAAUUGGUAAUGACCAGCAAACACACAGAGAGACUGGAGGCCAAAGUGAGAAACUUAAAAUUGUAUGGCUCUUCAUUUCAUUGCCUGAAACCGAGAAGCUGGAUAAGUGAUGAGGUUAUUGAUGCAUUUUUGAGCUGUGUAGUUGAGAAAGCAGAUGGAAAGGUACAAGCCAUCUCAUCAGUAGUUUCCACUGCCAUUCUCUCAGGCAGAGCUACACAAAUGAAAGUGAAGAGUGAAUUACUUCAAAAUGAUAUAUUACUGCUUCCUUACCACACGCCAGGUCAUUAGGUUCUUGCGAAACUUCAUCAAACGAUUAACUAGUAAAUCCUCAUCUGAUUGGCACAGUAAAAUUGUGCAGCAUCCCAGACAAAGUGAUGGCCACAACUGUGGACCACUCAUCUUAAAGUUUGCAGAAACAUAUUUGCCGCACAAAGACAUCAGUACGGUGGAAACAACACAGAAGGCUAAUACUGCGUUUAGAAGACAUAUAGCAAUUCUCUAAUGAAGGAGUCAGAACGCGUGGAGAACUACUGCAUAUACUGCAACCUUAUGGACUGUGAAAAAGAAAGUGAGGAUUGCACGAUGGUCCAGUGUGAUUCUUGCAAGAGGUGGGCACAUAUACCAUGCAUUAGAGAAGGAACCAAUCAAGAAAACCUGACAUAUGAGAAGGAGUACAACUGCAAGACAUGUGCAUAGUUCACUUCAUUACAAAAAAAAAAAAAGGCAAUAAAGAAAACCCAUUGUUUAACUGCCUCUUGUU